GCUGCUCAGAUCAAAUACUAAAUUGAACAGAAGAAUCAUUUUAAUGGAAACUUGGGGAAUUGCCAGUCUUCAUACCAUGGACAUUUUAUAAAGAAUAAUGUCAACAGAUCAACAAGUCAAGCUGUUGUCGUAUAAUGGGGAACUCCUUAUUUUCCAUCUCUCAAAAGGACACUCCUCACAGGGUGAUUGCACCAGAACGACCAAAGUGCAUGUUAGACAAAUGACGUUUGACAGUAUUACUAAGUCUUUUAUUGAAACAUCCACUGGGUCAUUUAGCCUGUGUGGGGAAGGUGUUGAAAUGAUUCAUUGCAACUGUACAUCUGACUUCAGGACAGGGAUUAUUCACCCCUGUAUUCUGCUGAAAAACAAAAAGAAGAAGAGCAUUAAAUAUAUUUUACUGCUGCUCCAUAAUUUUAACAAAUUUGAGCAGGUCCUUCAGUUUAAACUUGAUUAUGAGCUCAAGGAACCUAUAAAAUUGCUUGCUGGCCCAACAGUUUUAUGGAUCUACGCAAAACAACUGUUCCAUAUUUCUCCCCAAGCUGGCACUGUUUUAUGUGCCCCUAUUCAGUUUUCUUCUAUCAAAUGGGUGGGUGAGAUUGAGGGUGAGGGGGGUGUUGUUUUGGGAAUCAGAGGUGCUUGUUUGCCAGAGGGAAGAAAUGGACCCAGUGUUGCCAAAUCGGAUAUCUUCAUCUGGGGUAGUGAGUGUUUUGCCUAUGUAGUACAGAAACAAAAAGUGCUAACUAGUGCUAAUUUUCUGCCUCAUGCUUAUGGUAGCGUAGUAUCUUGUGUGGACAUUUGUAAAGCUGAGGCAACGAGAAGCAAGUUUAGAACGUCUGUUGUUGCAGUCACAUGCAAAAGCCAGUUGAUCUUCUUCCAAGAUGGUCUCCCUAAAGAUGUUCAGCAGCUUCCUUAUGAGGAGCCUUGUUCAGUACAAGUAGCUGCGGUGGAAGGAAACAGCCAGUUAGUGGUUGUGGCAUUUGCUUCAGGAGAAGUGUGUGCAAUAUGGAAACAUAAUUUGCAGGUGGCUUCUUGCUGGAAAAAUGUGAGAUCUGUUCUGGUAGAUGAUUUUGCUGGCACUGGAACUGAACAAAUACUAAUUCUUUUAAAGACUGAUUCAAUUUCAGAAAGUUUGAAUACAUUCCAACUAACAGACUUCGGAAAUGUUAACUAUGUGGGUAAUAUAAAAUAUGAAGACGACUCAUUUUCUGCAGAAGAGCUACAAGAGAAUCGUUUUCUUACUAUCAAAGCGCUUGAAGCAAGAUUGCAGGCUGGCUUUGCUUCUGUUCGAGAACUACAGCAACAUUUAUGGCUUAAAGAAAAGGUUCUGAUGCAAAGUUGUGGUGCUUUGAUAGACAUUGUUCAAGAUCGAAAAUAUAGUCUUCCAAAUGCAGUAAAGGAAGGUCUUGUUUCUCUCUGGGAUGAAACGGAGAAAACCUUUGAUAAUGGCAAAGCAACCCCAUCUAAAGACCAAGAACAACUUGUAGAAGAGGUUUGGUACCGUGUGGUGGAGAACAACUUAGUAGUUGGAGUAAAACUAAUGGAAACAUUUGACUUGCUGCUCAGUGAUGUCAGUUUAUCUCUGAUAAUAGGCCAGAAAUGCCCUUCAGUUUCUCCAACUAAGUGCCGGUGUAAUGUAGUUACGUUGAGGAAAGCUACGCUGGCAGAGCUUGACUCACAUUGGCAACUGGAACCGGUGCCUAAAAGGAUCAAGUUAGAUUGUGCUGUUUUACACGAUGGCAACGGAAGUCUUUCUCGAGUGAAGGCAGAUAGGACAACAUUUGUUACUGCAGUUACACACCUGCCCCCUUUCUUGGCGUUGCAUCGAGUACAUUGUAUGGUACAGCUGCAUGCAAAGAAGAAAAGUUGCAAAGAUGAAAAUCUGCAGAAAAGUGAAAAACUGACUUUAUUGUGUGGGAAUAUUUUAUUAAGUAUGGCGGAGAUUUCUACUGGAAAAUAUUCAAUAAAUCUGAAAGAUUAUAAAUAUACAGGCUCAGUGAAAGAUCUUGUUGCACUUUGUGCAGUAUCACACAAGGUAUCAUUUCGAAUAACCUCCCCUGACUGCACACUGAUACCCAUAAGCACAUGGCUACUGGAACAAAUGGAGUGUACACCAAUCAAGGAAUAUCCUGAUUAUAUGAUCUGUUGUAAGUCUGGGAAUCUGAAUGGCACUCUCUUCAAGUGGAAUCUAAAAACACCAUUUGAAGGAAUUUUGACAGUAUUUUGCAGACAUCAAACCAUCUUGUUCCAGUGUCUUCAUAAUCUCAUUGGAUCGCUAUCACCAACUUGCAAGAUAAAACCUCUAAAAUUAGGAAGCAAGAAGGUACUUGCUGAACAGCUCGCACUUGCUUUAGUAAAGGAAAUGGUCACCCUCCGGCACUCUUUUGCUUCAGCUCUAAGCCAAACUGAAAGCAACUUUUCUCUCAGUUAUGAAGAAAACAUGGAAACAAGCAGCAUCUCUGCAGUGCAACACUUCAGAGAGGCAUUUCAAAGGGCACAAAAGCAAAGCAUUCUGGGUAUGAACCAAACAGUGAGUGGUGCCUUAUACAGAGGACUUCUUUUAAAUGUAUUUGAACCACAGCUGAAUUCUGAUUUGAUUUCAUGGCAAUGUUCUUCACUCUUUUAAUUUUAUUUUAAUUAUUUGUAAAGUAAAACUAUAAUGUGAUGUACUCUCUAGCCCUAUUCAGGCAUUUGGGAAUUAUGUACAGUAAAUGCAUAACAAGGGGGAGCAUGCUAGCCCUGCCCCCCUCCGUCAUAAUUUCCAUCACCCUCCACCCUCUACGUGUGGAAAGUAACUUAAUAUUUUCUGACCUGUAUGUGUAGAGCUCUCCACGAUUUUCAGUGCAGGUUUUCUAGUUUUCCAGAUUGUGCGGAGAGCCUCCACAGACUCUUCCGUUUAGAAAGUAGCCCUCCAUUCGUAGAAGGUGGUGAGAAUGCGUGAAGGGGUGGGCUGGAGUACUGCGCUCCCACUUCUCAUAUGUUUUAACAUGAAUGGCUGAAUAGGGCUAAUGUCUAAUUCCUGUGUAUGAUUACAUAAAGUUUCUGU